AUGGCGUCUCAACAGUUACCUCGCAGACAACACACCACCACCGAGAGAAAGGUUCAGCUUGGGAAAGACAUGGUUCCCAAGAUGACCACCCAUUUUGAGAACCUUGCCGAGAAAGGUAAUGAAUCAGAUAUCACCGGUGCCAGAGAGCCUCCGCAAGCGUUACAAGGUGGAGAUCAGGUAAAAAUGCAUCCUGGUAAAACCACUGGCGAUGUUGGUGGACGUGGGAUAGCCAGAGAGACUCCCGAAUUGAGUGCACAGUUUGAGUCCCUUGCUGACAAAGUAAAGGCAAGUGACCAUGCAGCGAAUGUAGUUGGAAACGAAGAGAGAGAAGGUGGUGGCUAUGUUCGUGAUGUUGGGAAGUUCAAAAUGGAAAGUGAAGGGGGAGAAAGAGGGAACAAAGAUAGAGAAGAACUCGAAUCACGAAGCAGAGAGGUUAGAGGACGAACGCAAAGAGGAAGAGAAAGUGAAGGACAAGUAGUGGCAGAAAAAGGGAGAGGAACAAAACUUGGUGCUGAAAAAGAAGGUGCAAGUGGUGCGGUUAUAACUUGCACAUUGGAAAAAGGUGAUAGCAAUACUCAGAAACCAAGAGAAGAGAGUGAAAGUGAAAAAUCCAUGUUAAAACAGGUUUCCAACUACACUGAUCAAGCUUCGAAAGACCUCAAGGAGAGGUACGAGAGAGAGAAGAAAGCAGCGAGCGAGACACUGAGCAACACAGCACAAACCGCAACACAAGCGAAGGACGCAACGGUAGAGAAGGCUCAACAAGGCUGUGCUGUAACCAAAGACACCAUUUCAAGUGCCGCAAAAACCGCUUCAGAAAAAGCUGCGCCGGUGGCAGAGAAGGCCAAAGGGUACACUCUUCAAGCGGCGGAGAAGGCCAAGAGUGCGGGUGGAACGACGGCGAAUUACGUCGGAGAGAAAGCGGCGCAAGCAAAGGACCUUGCCGUGGAAGGUGGGAAGAGUGCGGGGGGGUAUGCUGCGAAGGUGGCUGCGGAUUUGAAGGACAGGGCGACUGCGCUGGGGUGGGCCGCGGCCCAUUUUUCGACGGAGAUGACGGUGGAAGGGACGAAGGCCGCGGCCCAUGUGGUUGAGGGGGCGGCGGGGUAUGCUGGACAAAAGGCCUCUGAGCUUGCUUCAAAGUCGGCGGGUGCUUUUAAAGGCUUGGCUGCUUCAGCUGGUGAGUCUGCUAAGGGAUACACUGCAAGGAAGAAAGAAGAGGCACAGAGGGAAUUGGAAGCCAAAAGAGCCUCUCAACCUCAGGAAGCUGAAGAGAGGCGAUCAGAAGGAGUUGGCAAAACUGUAAGCCAGAAUGCAGAAAAACCGAAGGCAUAUGGGGGAAGCUCUCAGGAGGAGGAAACUGGAAGCACUGUGUUGACAGCAAUAGGCGAAACAGUGAGCAAUGUUGGGACGAAGGUGAAGAAACCGUUCCUGAUUGGUGGGAAUGAGAAGGGAAAAGGGAAGAAAGCGGGAAUGAGAAAAGUGGAGGGCAAGAACAAGGAAAGGGUGUGA